AUGUUUGUUUGUUUAUCUAAGCCUUAUAGCCCCUUCCAAACAAUUUUUUCUUUCUUUCAACUUUCCCCUACCCCCAAACUUUUCUUUUAUUUUUUACUUUCACGUAAAUGUAUUUAUUUAUUUAUUACUUUUUAUAUAGCCCCUCUCCCUUACCCCUUUACAAAUUUUCUGGCCUUUUUUUCCGUGCGCACCUACUUACUACAAUUAGUCGUUUUUUUUUGCUUUUUGUCUGUUUGUUUAUUGUCUGAUUUUUACUAUUAUUAUUUUCAUCUUUUUGUCUACAAAAAAUACAAAAAAUACACACAUUACUUUCGUUUAUUUUUAUUUAUUUAUUUUUAUUGUUUAAUCCCUUAA